AUGGGCAACGUGGUGUCGACGUUUAAUCAUAUCGAUAGGACGGGACCGGAGUAUUUUCGACUUUUCCCUCCCGUACUGCAGACUCAGAACAGACAUCUGCUCAAAGGAGGCCCGCUUGCAAUCUAUAAUGCUCCCUUCCUCAUAGCCUUCCAGGGCCUUUUCCUCCAGUUGGUCUUCUGGGGCAUAUAUGCUGGUCUCGUCGGCUUUUCAAUGAAGCGCAUGAUGGACCUCCAUUACCUGUGUCUGACAUUCACAGUAACAUUUCUACUGCUCUCCAUUCACUUUCUUUCGGACCUAGAACUGAAUUCUAGCAAGUUGAUAUUCUUCACGCAGCAUGUUGGGAUCGAAUACCUCAUUGCUGUUCGAGUGCUGCUGCCGUCGUCAUUUGUUCGACGGUGGAUUGGCUAUAUCUUUUUCGUCGUCUGGCUGUUGAUGGUUGGGGCGACUUGUGUGAUUGUUAGCAACCAUGCCGUUUACUUUGCUAUCGCAAUGGCGAGCUUAUCUGACACCUUGAUAUCUGUCUGUGGGCUGGUGUUAAUAGGCAGGAAGCUGAAGCAAAAAAAAGCAACUCAGCUUACUGGCCACAAACUGACUGUCGAGGCUAUAUCUGGCCUUGGCUUCUUGAUUCAUGGUCUCUCAGCUCUGCCAAAUACCGUAGCCGUAGUCCUGAUUCUCAAGACGCAGGACCCGUCUUAUUACUUUGGAAUGGUAUGGACUGCGAUCGCCAUGGCUGGCUUGUUCUCUGCUGGACUUCAGGUACCGGUAGCAGCCAUGUACUUUGAAAACAUCAGUUGUUGCUGUAGGCGCCGACGACAAACAUUGCCAGGAGACGUUGGAUGGGAGGAAUCGGAGCAUCACAAGGAAAUGGUAACGCUUGAAAGGGGUAAGACGGAUUUGGGGAGAGGAAAUGAUUCCGAGACGAGUGAGCAGUCACAGAUGCCGCGAAACCAUGUGUACGCUGCCUUUCACUUACCACUCGGAAUUGUUUCAUCAUAUCCACAGCGAUAG